CUCUUUUGUCUGUCUAUUAAAAUAGUUUUUAAAAUCAGCUGGAAACUUUAAUUAAACUAAUACAAUUAACAACAAAUGCUAUACACAUACAAAGUAAUUAACAUUUCAACAACUCAAGUACAAUUAGUGGAAGUAAAGUUGAAAAAACUGAAAUGCGCUGUCAUAAAAACUGGAUGAUUUUUUAACUGAUUGAACCGCAAAGUUUAAUAAACAUUACAAAAAUUAAUUAAAGUUAUUUUCCAUAGUAACAGCUUAGUUUCCUAACACAUUUAGUGCUCAAAAUGUCCAAUAGCUUGUACAAAAAGUCAUUUGGACCAGAUCAUGAUGACAUUUGGGACGAUACAUUGUUAAUUAAAGCAUAUGAAGAGUCAUUAAAGGUACAGAAAGAAGAAAUUGCGAAAAAUAUUGCAAUGAAAACGAAUAAGAAGAAUAAUCCGGAAGAAAUAGAAGAAUCCAGUACAUCAAUAAUCAAUGACGAAAAAUCUUUUAAAGUAGGUGACUUUGUCAGGUCCACAUACGAGGAUAAUGUAGAUUACGAAGCUGAAAUAUUGUCAAUAAAUGAAAAUGGAACUGCUCUCAUUCGGUAUAUUGGAUAUGGAAAUGAACAGAAAGUUAAAAAAGAGGAUUUAGUGGCAUCUUGGGGAUUUGAGGCACGAGAAGAACAAAAGCUAUUGGCAGAAGCUGACAAACCUGUUGAAGAGGACAGGAAUCAUCAAGAGGAACUGCACAAUUUCAUUCUGAAUAAAUCUUCAGGAGUUCACAGCAAACUUCCUAUUCCUCCCAUGCCACCACUUCCACCAGGCAUGUUUAAUAGUUCAAGAGAUACAGAAUAUAUGUCUGCGAUGCUUAUGUCGUGGUACAUGAGUGGGUAUUACACAGGAUUAUAUCACGGUCGAAAGGAAGCAAAAGAUGAACUUUCAGUGUCUAUCGCACAACAACCAAUAACAAAGAAAUUACCAUCGACAUCAACAAAAGAAGAAAAUCCAAAGCACGAUAGGAAACGACAGAAGAAACGGAGUGUAAGCAGUAAAAGUCCAAAAUCUGAUUAAUUUUCCAUGUAUUUUUUUCAAAUUGAACAAUAAAUAAUGCGGUCAUAAAAAUUUAA